UUUUUUUCUCUAUCUCUUCCUCGGCUUCACAUUCUGCCCUUCUGUUCCUACGUAACCCCACCCGCAACGGCAACGCGGCCGCUUUCCCCAACCCCCCCACUCCAACCACCUCUACCUCCGCCUCUCGUCGUCUUCGUCUCCCUCCCCAUUUCCCCCCAACAUUAUCAAUCCCGCACCGCCUCCCGACCCCGACGCUCCCCCGGCCGCGAGCGCGAUGCUCUCCGUCCCCUCGCUCGCCAGGGCCCUCGUCGCGCUCAUCCGGGGCGUCCUCCUCCACCUCCGCGCCCCCGCGGCGCCGUUCGCCGCUUCUUCCUCUUCCAUGCGCCACUUCUUCUUCUUCUCCACCUAGCUGCGCGACGCUACGGCGGGCUAGCCGGCUGUGUCGGCCAUGUCUAGGCCGGAGGCGGCGCUGCGGAGAUCCGGCAGCAACAGCCUCUCCGCCCUGCUGCGCGCCGAAGAGGAGGACGACCACCCGCCCGGCGGUGACGACGCCGACACCAAGCGGCGCGGCGGCGGCGGCGGCGGGCGGGGGAGGAGGAAUAGGAGGACGAGGAGCUGCCUACGGCUGUCUCUCAGCGGCGCGGGUGGGUGCCGCGUCUGCGACUGCGACGAGGUCGACCCCGCCCCGCGCCGCCGAGCGCCAGGGGACGGCGAGGCGGAGGUGGUCGGGGACGAGGAGCGUGUCCCCGCCGCGCUCCAGUGUUUCUCCUGGAAGAAGGGCGCCGCCGUGCACCACGGACGCGCGCCCGAGGUUGAAGAUGCUGUAGCUGCUGUGUUGGUGGUAGCGGAGGAGGCAUCCCUUUCGGUGCUCCCGUACGACGUGCUGGAGAUGGUGCUUUCCCGGCUCCCGCUGGCCUCGCUCCUGGCCGCGCGCUGCGUGUGCAGGCGCUGGAGGGACCUCACGCUCGCGCCGCAGUUCCUGCGGCUGCGGCGCGAGGGCCCGCACACGACGCCGUGGCUGUUCCUGUUCGGGGUCGAGGGUGACGGCUGGGGCGCCGCCACCACCACGCCCGUGUACGCGCUCGAUGUGGCCGCUCACAGGUGGCGACUGGUCGCGGCGAGCGCGCUCAAGGGGAGGUUCCUGUUCUCCAUCGCUGGCGUGGGGGACGAGCUCUACGUUGUUGGUGGCCGGUCCGGGGGAUCGAGCACCGGCUCGGUGAAGACCAAGACCCACAAGGGGGUCAUGGUGUACAGCCCUCUCACCGGAGCGUGGCGGAAGGCCGCCCCUAUGCGGGCGGCGCGGUCCCGGCCAGUGCUUGGGGUGUUUGAGAUGUCUGCCAGUCGCAGCAUUCUCCAUUCCCGUGCUGAGAAGCAUGUCCGGCGCACCAAUGCUGGCGGCAAGUUCCGGCUCGGAGGCACCUCUGCUGUGUACGAGGACCCGCACCGGCUCUCGCUCCGACGCCUACGUCUUAGGGAUGUCCUGAAUGAAGACACUGAUUCCACUGGCCCGGUUCAUGGUCACCACAAGGUCGCCAAAGCCAAACAAUUGGAGCAGCAAGCUCAGCCAAGGCUCGCCCUCAUCGCCGUCGGUGGCCGCGGGCUGUGGGACGAGCCGUUGGUGUCUGGGGAGAUUUAUGAUCCGGUGACCAAUAAGUGGGUAGAGAUCGCCGGGUUCCCGACCGAUGUCGGCCUGGCGUGCUCUGGCGCGGUUUGCGGCAACAUGUUCUACGUCUACUGUGAGUCCGACACGCUCGUCGCCUAUCAUCUCGACAACGGCACCUGGGCCGUCAUCCAGACAUCACGCUCACCACCACGGCUCCGCGACUACACGCCGGCGCUGGUCUGCUGUGCGUCCCGGCUUUUCAUGCUCUGCGUCUCAUGGUGCGACCCCGCGAGCAGGAGGGACAAGGUGGUGCGGAAGGUGUUCGAGCUAGACCUCAGCUCAUCAUCACCACUCCUCCGGUGGGUCGAGGCAUCCGUGCACCCAGACGCGCCCAUGGACCCCAAUGCUGCUUUUGCGGCCGGCCACGAUAGGAUUUACACCGUGGAGAUGUUCAGGAUCUUUGGCAAGGUGCUCGACUUCGCGACGGUGUGCCGCGUCUCGGACUCUGAGCAGAGGUGGAGCCGCAUUGCCGGGAAAAAUGUCACCGCAGAGGCUGAUGUCAUGUCCUGCCGGUUAAAAUCCAUGGCUGUGCUGCACCUGUGAUUACAUAAGCGAACCCCCUCUCUCGUCUUCUCCGGUACUAGCAAUCGGCAUUGUUUCUCUGCUGUUUUACUUGCAUCGAUUUGUUUAUUGUUUCAGUGAGCUGAAUAACUGACAUGCAGCUUAGUACAGCCAUUAUAUUGCUUUCAGUAAUUGAUGUCAUUGUUCAUACUCUCUCAGUUUGUUCAGUUUGGUUUAUAGAAGAUGCUUAUCCAUAUUUAUUAUGAUAACCAUGAGACCCA